GCUUGAGGCACGGGGCGGGUCCGGGUCUGGGAUGCUGAGGAGACUGCGGGCCCGCGCCAGCCUCCCCCACACACUCCCCGGGCGCCUCGGCGGGCGCGGCGGGGGGCAGAGGGGUGAGACAACCGCCCCAGACGGCGGAGGGACGCGGAGGAGGGUCUGGCGCGGCCCCGGGGCGGGAGGGGGAGUCCUGCACAAAGAGCGGCGCGGGGCUGUCACCAGGAGGUCACGGAGGGAAGUUUACCCAUGAGCUCGGAUUUCCCACAUUACAACUUCAGGAUGCCUAAUAUUGGAUUCCAGAAUCUGCCUCUCAACAUAUAUAUUGUGGUUUUUGGCACUGCUAUAUUUGUCUUCAUCCUUAGUUUACUCUUCUGUUGCUACUUGAUUAGGCUAAGACAUCAAGCACACAAAGAAUUUUAUGCCUACAAACAGGUUAUAUUAAAAGAGAAAGUAAAAGAACUGAAUUUACAUGAGCUCUGUGCGGUGUGUCUAGAAGACUUCAAGCCUCGAGAUGAGUUGGGGAUUUGUCCAUGUAAGCAUGCCUUCCACAGAAAGUGCCUUAUUAAGUGGCUGGAGGUUCGGAAAGUGUGUCCCCUGUGCAACAUGCCAGUUCUGCAGCUGGCCCAGUUGCACAGUAAACAGGACCGUGGACCGCCCCAGGGGCCCCUCCCUGGGGCAGAGAACAUUGUAUAGUUCACCACAGGGAUCAGACUGUUGCUGGACACAACGUCUGCACGGAGCCAGGACGAAUACGAGCAGUCUCUGUGUUAGCAGCCCUCUACCUGGGUUACCAGCUGCCACUUCCUUUGCCUCAUGAAGAACUCUUGGGCCAGCCAAGCUGGGAACCUAAGUGUCUGGGUCUUGUGACAACCAAAGCACUCUGACUCUACCCCUGCCAAGAGAAGAGCGGAUGAGGCUGUGGGUUUGUCUCAAACUUCCUGGGGGUCUCUUACUAACUCCACUACACUGUCUCUCAGACCCUCGUCUCCAUGCCAAGCAGGAGGGAAGAGAAACAAAAGAGGUCGAGAAGGGAGCAGAGGGCAGGUCUUAAAGCCACACCCCCACCCUGUGGACGGAUGAAGAUGAGCUUCUGUGCAGGCCACGCACGCCUUCGCAGCAGCAAACCUUCCCAGCAGCCCCUGAUCCAAGUAAAACCAGCACAAGCAGCUGCCAGUGGUGGGUGAGGCAGUGCCAACAAGGCUCACGUUAUGUUCUUUUAAAAAGUCCAUCCUGGAACCCAAGGGCUUUGGGUACAGCCAAGCAGCAGUGCCCCUCGCCACCCUUUUCCCCUCAAGAUCACAGCACCUGCUAUCAAAUCAUCUAAGCCAAAAACAUUCGAUACGCUUAAAAAGGCCUGGUCAGAAGCCAUUUCCUCCUGUCAUUACCCCCACUACCCUCGUCACCUGUGAGGCCUGUCAGGAGCCCCACUGUCCCUGCGUGAUCAAGGGUACCCCAGGGUGCUG